AUGGCGGGAGACGACCCGUUCGCCUUCCUAGCAACCCAGGAACCACCUAAACCGCUCCAAUCAUCCAAGUCUGUUAGGCGAUUGAACUGGGGUGGACGAGAAAAGACAGAGAAGCCAGAAAAGACAGAAAAAACCGCCGGCGAUCAAAAAUCUAAAUGGCGUGAAAAGCUGUUCUCAAAAGAUAGAGACGCUAAGCAAGUAGUGGCUACUGAACGUCAACUGGACGACUUUCUUGGAUACAAUCGCCCCCGGCCGAUACCCGAAUCCCCCAUCGUCGUCUCUGCUGUUGCCGAUCCUACUUUUGAAUCGGGUUCACCGCAACGACGAGACCUUUCUACGCCCCCAUCUCCCCCCAAACAAUAUGUCGCCCUUUCCCCGCAGUCCAGCACUCAGGCUAGCCCCCCGAAACCAAAACCACGACGACGCAAAGGGCUACGAGUGACAUUCACAGAUCUACCACCAGAGGUCAUGGGUGAAGGUGGUGAUGAGUCUGAGGAACCUACGGUGGAAAUAUCUCGCAAGAAGGGUCGCCCUACGAAAGAUGACCCAAAAUCACAAAUCGAUGAUGGAUAUGAAGACCUCCAGGAUCGCCGGCCGACUCUACCUGAGCUACACUUGGAUACAUCUUUUGCUGGUAGUGCUGCACCAAGCGCACAGCCCGACAAGCCUCUAGCCUGGAAGCCCCUAUUGAUAAGUCCGCAGGAUCAAGACUUUCUCUUGGCAUUGAAUUCAGGCGAACCAGGGUCAAGAUUAUCCUUCCGAGCAUCUCCCGAUUCCAAAUCAUUUGCACGCAGGAUUCAUGCCCGAAUGCAGGAGGAAGAAGGACUUGCGCUACAGCACCGUUUACAACAAGAAGAUCCCACGUCACCGACUGAGGUAGAUGAUGAAGCUAAGCCCCGACAACAGGAAGCACUACCCACUCAUCCGUCAUUCACGUCGCAGCGGUCCCAGCUUUCCCAGCAGUCGCUGAACGUUGAUGUUGCGGCGCCUACAUUAUCACUUCGAACCAGCCCGGUUCCGGCUGUCCAUGACCAGGUCAAAGCGCUCCGACGUGACGAUAUUCCUGAGAUUCUGUCGCCUGGAGGAAGUUCUGCCAGCAGUCUUUCACCAACUACAGAUGAGCCGAAACAUGCGUUUCCGCCUCCUGAAGCAUCUCGCCCUCAACCAACUGGUCCUCCUCCUCAGUAUCAGGCAAGUCCGACGACGCGAGUGGCCACGGAACCGCCCAAGCCUCCCGCCGCUGCUUCGGCGCCUCGCUCAGCAAAGAUGACUCUUCGGUCGGUAGCUAAUGCUAUGGGGGACACAGCUUACCAGGAAUUCACAGCUUAUGUAGAGCGGUUCAACAGUCUUUACGGUUUAACUGCAGAAAAUGUAAAACCAUUAAUGGAGACAUCAUUUGCUGAAUGGAUAAGAGCUUCCACAUGGUGGUUUCUCCGCGGUCGAUCUGGAUUAGAAUCUGCUGUACGCUCGGGACGCAACCCAGAUGCGACUGAAGCUAUGCAGGCAGUUGUUGAUCUUGGCAAAGCAUGGUGGAUUUCUACUCAAAUUGUGCCGAAGCACCCUGAGUUGACCUGUUAUGGCAGAAUGAGCAUUGAUGCUUUGGUUGCUGUGGCCAGCACCGCAGGAGACCAUAGGAUGGCCGGUUUAGUCAAUCUACAUCAGAAAAUCAUGAAUCAUUUACGUGCAUUGACCGUUUCUAUGAAACGGAAUCAAAUCCUGUCCGCUAUUGGGUCCACUGAAGUCAACGACCAUCCGAUAGAUACUAACAUCUGGGUGAGGUAUCCCUUCUUCGCACCGGAUGUGGCGGCUGCGGUUUCAGGGUCAAAUAGACGUUCCAUGUUGAUUGACUCAUCAUCACAAUUGGCUAAUACCCCUGAGAUGAUGUUAGUGGGAGAUACUAGCCGAUAUUUCAGUUAUGGAACUAUGUUUGUGGAAGUCUCUUUGACUAGUGAUGACGACGAUGAUACUUCACAAUAUGCCAUCCAAUGCGUAUUAUCCAUCAGAAGAGACAGGUCCGACUCAUAUGUACUUGCUGCUCUCUCCAGUCAAAGUGAACUUGUCAAUAUCUUGAUUCAAACCGAACGAAAGAACGGGCCAACGUGGGACGAUGUUCAAUGGCAAGUGAAAGCGCGGACGAUGACAGUCAAGCUUCGGCGUGGAUUUGAAUUGAAUGUGGCAUUUACAGAAAAAGAUUUCAAGAUGCUUUGGAAUAUUGUCCAGUACACACUCAAGACGGAAGCGAGCCUUAACCCUGAGGCUGGUGAAAGGAGAAUAUUCCAGGACACUCUAAAAAUGUUUCAGUACAUGGACUCGGGCACGCCGAAAACCUUCCCUUCCGAACCCUCGCCGCUUUGUCGGAUGGCGUUAUUUGAGAAGACUGUUACGUGGACUGAAGGGACAGGAACUCGUAAAGCCCACCGGGGUUUCCGCCUUGCCGUUGUGACGAAUCCUCAGACCAAAACACUGAGCAGCGUACAACAUACCCUGGGCUAUGGAGCGCCUAUCGUGUUCGGUUAUCUUCGUGGUGAAAAUGGAUCACCUGCCUUGUUGCUCAAGUUGAAGGAAGAUUCACGCCCGCGUUCGAUGGUGUUAACUUUUGAUCGUAUUGAACAACGAACUUUGAUGCAUUCCCUCUUGCUCGGCAUGCUUGCCAAUGAAAACGAAACCACAUGUCCUAAUCUUCCAACUCGUUCGUUCUCGAUAGAAGAGGCCCGUGAUCCUGUGACGGGAGGGCCGGGAAUGUCUCAUCUCAAGUUCAACGCAGGAUCUGUAUCUGUCAUCGACCUGGAUUCAUCAUAUCCUUAUCUGGAUCGCAGUUAUGGCCAACAGGUUCUUUCCGAGAGUCUUCGUGCGCUCAUCAGCACCGAAUGGGGGACGGUUACGGAUCGUAUCAAUCUGGGUCCUGGAGAAAUGAAAAUCGGCUUGGACCCCAAUUCCAACACUACAUUCACCAUGUACCGUGCCCGCCAGGAGGACAUGACCGUGGCUAUUGCCGAAAAUCUCGUGGAAAAAGAGCUGCCGGACAGCUUGACGCAAUUUUUAGAGGCUUCUAAGACUAAGCCUACGAUUCGACGUUUCGAAUUCAGCUCGGUUGAGGAUCUACACAAAUUUCAGGAGAUGAUGACUGGAUUCCGCGUUGUCUUUGAUAGCACGGUAACAAGCUUUGCCAUUGCUCGUCGACGUAUGGUCGUGCCAAUUCACAAGAAAUGGGAAGCAAGUGGAGUGCGACUGCAACUUGUGGUUCAGAAUAAAACCAUCCAACUAUUGGCUUUCUUUGGCGGCGAUUUCAGCCAUGGAAAGUGUAUGAAUUUCUUGCUCCGGGGAACCGAUAACUACGAAAGCUCCAGCCGGUCUGGAAAAUGUACCGUCCGAAUCGUUGAUGCUAAAUUCGCCCUUCCCAAGAAAGAUGAAGAGGAAGCAUCCGCAUUUGUCUGUUUGGAUAUGCUCGAGUAUGCAACCGAACAUGACGAUAUUACCAUUGUUUUUGAAUCCGAGCAAGAUCGCAGCAAAUUUCUUACGUGCCUGCCUGGCUCCACACGAGAACCUGCACGAAUGGCAUCCAUGCGCAGAUAA